AUGCAUCCUAUUGAUUUCUGUACUACGGGCAUGUUCAUCAUUGAUGACAUUUACCCUUCGCCCUCUGCCCCUGACCAGACUCCCUUCCUGAACAUUCCUGGUGGUGCUGGGACCUAUAGUGCUUUGGGUGCUCGUGUGCUCUCUCCAUCACCUCAAUCAAAGCGUGUUGGCUGGCUUGUAGAUGCUGGUCAUGACUUUCCUUCGCUGUUACGUGAAAUCAUAGACUCUUGGGACACUGCCAUCCUUCUGAGAUCGCGCGACGGCUUGACCACCAAAGGCUGGAAUGGCUACGGUGCCAAUGAGCAUCGCGCAUUCAAGUACCUGACGCCCAAGCUUCGUAUCACGGCAGAGGACUUGUCGCCCGAGUUGCUGACUGCGAAAUCAUUCCAUUUGAUCUGUGCUCCGGCGCGUUGCAUUGAACUGGUUGAAGGGAUCAAAACUCGAAGGGCUGAGCUUGGACAAUCACUCGAAGAGCCUCUUUUCAUUUGGGAACCUGUACCCGAUCUCUGCGUGCCUGCCGAGUUGGACAACACCAUCAAAGCGCUCGAGCAUGUCGAUAUCAUCAGUCCCAACCACGCAGAGCUAUCCAAUAUCUUCUCAGUUGUUGGCAACACAGAAUCUGGGGACGUAGAUGGUCAAGUCAUCGAGGACUGCAGCUCAAAGUUGCUCUCUGGCCUUUCUGCAUCUCGAGCAUCCAAGGUAUCAGUAGUGGUCAGAUCGGGCAAGGAUGGGUGUUAUGUCGCUUCAGCGUCCAAGAAAGCAUGGCUUCCGGCAUUCCACGCACCGACCCCAGACAAGGUGGUUGACCCAACAGGCGGAGGUAAUGGUUUCCUUGGAGGAUUGGCAAUAGGCCUCGUCAGAACGGGAGAUGUAGUCGAAGCAUCCAAAUGGGGCAACGUAGCAGCAAGCUUCAUGAUCGAACAAGUAGGAGUUCCAGUGUUACAAACAGAAGGAGGAAAAGAGAGGUGGAACGGAGUGGUGGUAGAAGAAAGAAUGAAGGAGUACUCGAUGCGAUGCGAGACUGAGGGAAGCAGAUAG